UCGGUGGCCCUCCUUUAAUUUGUCGUCUCCAGCCUUCUUCCGCUUCCUCUCCCUUCUUUUUUGCAGCAACCUUUUUUUCCUUCUUCUUCUUGGAGGGGAGGGGACCGAAGAGGAGGGGACUUGACUUGCUCCAUCCAUCCAUCCACCAUUAAUCCAAGUGAGUCGUCGGCUCGGCUCCUCGGCGAGAGAAACUCGAAAUGGCCACCAUCAGCUGCUAAGCAGCGUCAGAUCGGAGGAGCAGGCCGGUCGCCGAGUAGGAAAGGAAGAUGGGCAGCUACGCCUACAAGUACUGCAUGUGCUUCACCCGCAAGUUCCGAUCCCCUGACGCCCAGCCCCCGCCCGACGUCCGCGCGGCGUACCAUUCCGCCUCCGAUGUCCACGGCCUCCGCCGCUUCCUCGCCGGAGUCCAGGGCGAGCCGCCCGCCGACGUCGAGCGCGUCCUCGCCAUGCUCACCGGGGGAGGGGGGAAUGAGAUGGCCCGCCUCGUCACCAGGUCCUCCCCUGCUCCGUCGAUGCCCACGCUGGACGACUUGUUCGGAUUCCUCUUCUCCUCCGACCUCAACCCGCCCAUCGCCCACCAGGUUCACCAGGACAUGUCAGCCCCAUUCUCUCAUUAUUUCGUAUACACUGGACAUAAUUCCUACCUAACUGGGAACCAGCUUAAUAGCGACUCCAGUGACGUUCCAAUUAUAAAAGCAUUGCAGAGAGGCGUUAGAGUCAUUGAGCUCGAUAUGUGGCCAAAUUCUUCAAAGAACAAUGUUGAUAUUCUUCAUGGAGGGACAUUGACUGCACCUGUAGACAUGAUCAAAUGUUUGAAGUCCAUUAAAGAAUACGCCUUUUGUGCAUCUACAUAUCCUCUUGUCAUUACUCUAGAGGAUCACCUCACGCCAGACCUCCAAGCCAAAGUAGCUGAGAUGCUCACUGAAACAUUCGGAGAUCUCCUUUUCAUCCCUAGUUCGGACCCAAUGAAAGAGCUUCCUUCUCCAGAAGCUCUAAUGAAGAGGAUAAUCAUCUCAACUAAACCCCCGCAAGAAUACAAGGAGUUUCUUGAAGCUAAGGAUAAUCAGGAUGCCAGUGGAAACAUAGCUAAUUUGGCAGAGGAAGGAGGCCUGAGAAGAAUAGAUUCAAAUGCUGAUGAAUCUGAUGGAAAGGAUGAACUGGAUGAGCAAGAUGAGGAAGAUUCCGACGAGGAUGAUCCCAAAUUUCAGCAGGAUACUGCAUGCGAGUAUAGGAAACUGAUCACAAUCCAAGCUGGCAAACCAAAAGGCCAUUUGAGCGACGCGUUAAAGGUGGAUCCAGACAAAGUCAGGCGCCUUUCUUUGAGCGAGACACAGUUGGCUAAAGCAACAGCUUCUCAUGGUGCUGAUGUCAUAAGGUUCACUCAGAAGAAUAUACUCAGGGUGUAUCCAAAGGGCACAAGGGUUAGUUCUUCUAACUAUGAUCCAAUGAACGCCUGGACUCAUGGUGCUCAAAUGGUUGCAUUCAACAUGCAGGGGCAUGACAAAGCACUCCGGUUAAUGCAAGGAUUUUUUAGAGCCAAUGGGGGCUGCGGGUAUGUUAAAAAACCUGACUUCUUGCUAACGACAGGCCCAAAUGGCGAAGUAUUUGACCCUAAAGCUAGUUUGCCUGUGAAGAAAACUCUGAAGGUAAAGGUAUAUAUGGGAGAUGGGUGGCGUAUGGAUUUCAGUAAAACUCAUUUCGACACCUUUUCGCCUCCAGAUUUCUAUACCAGGGUCGGGAUCGCUGGAGUGAAGGCAGACAGUGUGAUGAAGAAGACAAGGAUAAUCGAGGAUCAGUGGGUGCCGGUGUGGGACGAGGAGUUUACGUUCCCUUUGACGGUGCCGGAGAUGGCCCUCCUUAGGAUAGAGGUGCAGGAGCAUGACAUGUCGGAGAAGCCCGACUUCGGCGGGCAGACAUGCCUGCCGGUGUGGGAGCUGAGGCAGGGCAUCCGCGCUGUGCCGCUGCAUGACCGCAAGGGCAACAGGUACAAGUCCGUCAGGCUCCUCAUGCGCUUCGAUUUUGUCUAGUAGCCUCUUGCGCCACUGUCAGAGAUUGCAUUCCUCCUUUGUCCUUUUUUCCCCUUUUCUUUUGCAUAUCUAGUGUGAUUGUGUCUACAGGCAGGGAAAGUUAUGAAUUAGUAGCAGUAGAAGUAUAUUCCCAUCUCCAUCUCCAUGUGAUUAGUCUAGAGCCGGGCUGGUAAAGAUUGGAAUGUAUGUAAGUACUAAUUUUGUUGGAAUAAGAAUUGCAUGGAAUGGAAGGAGCAUAUAUGUAUUAUGUAUGUACUCCAUUUUGAUUUUA